AGUGGAGGUCCAUGGUGCGAAGACUACUUCUACUAGGAGCAACAGGCGAUCAAGAGCUCACUAUAAAUUGGGCGCAGCGGGUUGAUUAAGGCACAGUUCAAUCGAUUGUUUAGUGCUGUGAACAACAACUCCUGUCAGAUCAACAAAAAUGGCAUUCAAGUUCCUGACCUUCUGCGCCUUGGUGGCUGUUGCCCGCGCUGGACUCAUCGCGUCUCCAGUUGCUUACUCCGCCCCAAUUGCCCACGCUCCUCUGGCCUAUGCCGCCCCAGUGGCUAAGACCAUUGUUUCUGCCCCAGUGACGAAGACCCUCGUUGCUGCUCCAGUCGCCAAGACCUACGUUGCCGAUGAGUACGACCCCAACCCACAGUACUCCUUCUCUUAUGGAAUCUCCGAUGCUCUGACCGGAGACACCAAGAGCCAACAGGAAUCGCGCAACGGAGAUGUUGUUCAGGGAUCUUACUCCUUGGUCGACCCAGAUGGCACCAAGCGUACCGUCGAAUACACCGCUGAUCCCCACAACGGAUUCAACGCUGUCGUCCACCGUGAACCGCUGGCUUCCAAGGCUAUUGUUGCUGCUCCAGUCACCAAGGUUGUUGCCGCCCAGCCAGCUGUCUACCAUGCCGCCCCAGCCGUCACCAAGACCAUCGUGUCCCAGCCAGCCGUGGCUCAUUAUGCCGCCCCAGCUGCCUAUGCCUACCAUCACUAAACCAAUCGAACAACAGCAAGAAGAACAAGACUGUCAAACAACAAAACAAGUACAAGCCCAAGGAACUCAAACAAACAACACAGACACAGCAACAACAUAAACCAUGAAUCUUUUUCAUUAACGUUUUGACACCCUGGCGGGUUCAGCCCCGUUCCUGCCGACCUGUAAAAAUUGGCCACAAGUAUUUAUUGUAUUUUUUGUUAAAAUAUAUACAGUAACGUGAAUGAA